GAGACCCGAGGGGAGGAGCGGCCGCCACACCUAGGGCGCCGCGGAGCACCCGGGCUGGCGCGGGCGGAGCCGCGCCGAGGGCCGCGCGUGUCGCCGGCCCCGCCCCGCCCCGUCCAAUGAGAGCUUCGGCCGCAGGGGCUGUCGGCGCGCUCUGCCCCCGGCCGCACUCCGCGCCCCGGAGCCGCUGACACCGCACCGGAGCGCCUCCACCCGGCUCGGCGCCGCUCGCUCUCCGGGCCCUGCGGCUCGCGCGCUCUCGGGAAGCCUGCGCCCGGCUCCCGGACUCCACGUGCCCCGAGGUCCCCGGCCGCCCGUGGUCCCCAUGGCCACACUGUGGGGCCGGUUAGGAGACGCCUGAGGAAGCCCAGCCAGCGCCCGUCCACGGCCCUGCGGGCUGCGCGGCGGGAAUCUGUGCGGAGCUAUGCUGAGCCCGCGGCGUGCGGACGAAGCCGCGCAGCUCGCCCCUCGGCGUGCCCGCGUCCCGGUGCCCGCGCCCAGACCCCCGGCCCCCGACGUGCCCCCAGCUUCCGCCCGCCUGGGUCUUGCCUGCCUUCUGCUGCUGCUGCUGCUGACUCUGCCGGCCCGCGUGGACACAUCCUGGUGGUACAUAGGGGCACUGGGAGCCCGAGUGAUCUGUGACAACAUCCCUGGUUUGGUGAGCCGCCAGCGGCAGUUGUGCCAGCGUUACCCAGACAUCAUGCGCUCAGUGGGUGAAGGUGCCAGAGAAUGGAUCCGAGAGUGUCAGCACCAGUUCCGUCAUCACCGCUGGAAUUGUACCACACUGGACCGGGACCACACUGUCUUUGGCCGUGUCAUGCUUAGAAGUAGCCGGGAGGCAGCGUUUGUCUAUGCCAUCUCAUCAGCAGGAGUGGUGCAUGCUAUUACUCGGGCCUGCAGCCAGGGUGAACUGAGCGUGUGUAGCUGUGACCCAUAUACCCGUGGUCGGCACCAUGACCAACGAGGGGACUUUGACUGGGGUGGCUGCAGUGACAACAUCCACUAUGGUGUCCGCUUUGCCAAGGCUUUUGUGGAUGCCAAAGAGAAGAGGCUUAAGGAUGCACGGGCCCUCAUGAACUUGCAUAACAACCGCUGUGGUCGCACGGCUGUGCGGCGGUUCCUGAAGCUGGAGUGUAAGUGUCACGGGGUGAGCGGCUCCUGUACUCUGCGCACCUGCUGGAGGGCACUCUCGGACUUCCGCCGCACUGGGGACUACCUGAGGAGGCGGUAUGAUGGGGCCGUGCAGGUGACUGCCACUCAGGAUGGCGCCAAUUUCACAGCAGCCCGCCAAGGCUAUCGCCACGCCACCCGGACUGAUCUUGUCUACUUUGACAACUCCCCUGACUACUGUGUCUUGGACAAGGCUGCAGGUUCCCUAGGUACGGCAGGCCGAGUCUGCAGCAAGACUUCAAAAGGAACAGAUGGUUGUGAAAUCAUGUGUUGUGGCCGAGGGUACGACACAACUCGAGUCACCCGUGUCACCCAGUGUGAGUGCAAAUUCCACUGGUGCUGUGCCGUGCGGUGCAAGGAGUGCAAAAACACUGUGGAUGUCCACACUUGCAAGGCCCCUAAGAAGGCAGAGUGGCUGGACCAGACCUGAACACACAGACACCUCAUGCUGCCCUCCACUUUCCAGCCUCUGAUUCAAAAGCACGAGAUCCUUGCAUGCACACCUUCCUCCACCCUCAAUCCUGGGCUGCUACAGCUUCUGUUACAGACUUGGAGAGUGGUCCAGAGGGAGCCCAAUGUCCCUGCUGGUUCCUUAGCCCUAGGAAGGAGUUGAUAGGGGAUGGAUAUAACAGACUGAGUGGCUCCCUGAUGAUCAUCUGAGGUUUGAAGGGAGAGUAGAAGAGGUAGGAGGCUGUCUUCAGAGUGAUUUGAGUUGCACUAAAGUCAAGACUCAUUUUCCCCUUCGCUUGCACUGACUUUCUGAUACUCUUUGGGUAUGCGACAGAAAGGGAACUUGGAGGUAGCUUCCUUUUUUUGAUCCUACUCUAGCCGAAGAUAGAUAGGAUAGAGAGAAAACUGCCUGUCCCUUCACUGGAGACGGUUUGUGCAGAUUCUAGGCUAUAGUGUUCUGCUGAGACCCUGAGAUAGUUAGAUGAGUUAGCCAUGGUGAACAAGGCUCCACAUCAUUUUAUGAAGCUUAUAAACUAGUGGUUUUGUGAGGAGGAAAAUCACAUAGCUGUACAAAUACACAUUCUUCCUGUCUCCCUUUCCACCUACAUCAGACAGCAGCAGCCUGCUUGCUGGCUGCUGUUCAGGAGGUAGCUUGAAGUGGUUCAAGUCUUAAUAGACCAUCCAAACAGUACUGUGAGAGAAUAACACGGCAAGCCUGGCUACACCUUGGGACCUUCCCCCAUCAAUCUUUCUGGAGAUUUAGUAGGCUUGGAAAAGACUAAGUAAAAGUGGGUAACUCAUGGGAGAGGGUAAGCACACCUGAUCUCAAGGGCUAUAUGAGGAUCAGUGUAUACUAGGAAGGUAGAAAUCUCUCAUUUUUGGCAGUUCUUUAGGAGAGGAUCUUCAGAUCUUCAGCUUUGAGGUAGGAGCAAAAGCAAGUAGCUACACAGAGAAAGAGAGCCAGUGCUGGAGCAAAGUGGUAAACAUCUUAGAAGGCAGUAGCCUUCCCCAUUUAUUUAGCAUAUCUUUGUGUGUGUGUGUGUGUGUGUGUGUAUGUGUGUGUGUGUGAUUCUCCAAGUCCUACUGAUAACUACUGUCCAUUCCAUGACUAACUUAAACAGGGAGGUUCCCUCUAUGCUACUAACCACUGUCUAACAAGGAUAUGCAGGAAUGGAGUAUACAGUAGGCAUAGUGAGCUAGAAGGUAGGACAUGGGGUUUGAAACCUUGAUGGCUUAGUUUUAUGUGACCUAGACAGUGGCCAUCUUCUUGCCUACUGAUAACUAGUAUAGGAAUCUGCAGUUACAACAGACCUAGGUUUAAUUCCAGCUAUUUUCUCACUCACUGUAUUUUUUUAUUUUUAGCGGGACCUUUAAAUUCUCCUGGUACACGUUUUUAUCUGCAAAAUAAGAGUGCAUGCCUCACUCAGAUAUUGAGAGAUUUAACUGUGUCCUAAACUCCAGCCAACUGAUACAUGUCACCAAAGCUUCUGACUUGUCAAGUAAAUCCUAACUUCUCUAGGAACUUCUAAUUUAGGACUGUCUGGUCUUGACAACUGACUGUAGGUUAAGAAGCUUUCACAAGGAAUUCUUGAUUUAGAUCCUCUUUCUUUUCUCAGGUUCUUCUUCAUCCAAUUGGGCUCUCAGAUGUUUGUGGAGCAACUUCAUUCUGCCCAGGCAGCAGGAGGCUGGGGAGGGGGGCUGCUCUGGCCACCGAGGCAGAUUUAUUUGGAUGAUAGGACUAAUAUUUGUGUAACCUGCUGAGACCUGUGUGGGAGAGUUUAGGGUGGUUUUUCUUUUGGUGAGGGGAUUUACUCUGGUUUCACAUCCAUUAACACAAAACAUGAGCUAGUCAGGGCCCUUGUGGUCUGUGGUGAGGGGAUGACUGGAGAAAUAGGACUGAAUGAGUCAGGCCUAGAGAAUGUCUUCCUUUCAGACUAGAGUCAACUGGAUAACUGAUGAGCCAGUGGUGGGAUUAGGGCCGGGGAAUGGGAGGGGAAGAGGAAAAGGAGAGAAGCUUUGGAGCAGGGUGAGAACACCAAGUUGCUACAUCUAUGAUGGCACAGGACUUCUAUGGGAAGGCAACCUGAGUUAAGUCGACCUGUGCUGUAUUCUCUACUUUGAGUUUGGGUUCUUAGAAGUGGUAGAGCUCCCUGACGUCUCAUAUUACUCCAUGCUUCUCCCUGGGCUCCAAAUUCUAGCUGAUAAAGAUGUACAACCUCAUAUAAAUGGUAACGAGAGAAAUAGCUGUCCAGGGAGUGAGAAGUUUCUGAAGUGAGGUGUUUAUGUGAGAGAAAAGAUGUCUAUCUGAGCCCUGCCACAGAAGCUGUGUGGCCCUAGGAAGGAAUGACGGCCAAGCAACGCAUUUUGCCGUAGAAUUUAGCUUGUCUCCACAUUCCAACUGGCUUUAGACAACUGGCGUUCAUUCUGCACUAUACAAACAGAAACUGAUUUAUUUGGAACAAGCAACAAAACAAGAACUUUAUUUGGUGCCGGGGCUCCACAUAGCUCUGCUGCUACCCCCUCAUCUGUUCUGAAGGCCCCUUCUUCCAUCUAGUCUCUAUAUGGUAGAGGCUGUCAUCCGUCUGAAGUGGCUUAGCCUCCUUCCUCUUUUCCUUUCCCUCUUGUUGGUCCUCAUUUCAUCUUUUGAUAAAUAUUUAGGACAGUGUAUUUCAAUAAGUGCUAUUUGGAUACAAGGUGAACAUAAAAGACACUGUUUCUAUCAUUUAUGGAUAAUAGGAUCUUUUUAGAGAGAUCUAAAUACCUCAGCUGCAUGUCCUGCAGCCAGUUUCUUUUCAGUAGAGGAGCCAGGGUGAUGGCUCACACUUGUAAUCCCAACACUCUGGGAGGCUGAUGCAGGAAAAGUGCUGGGUUUAUGAUCAGUGAGCUCCAUGUUAGCCUAAGAACAGAGUUAGACCCUAUAUCAAACAAACAAACAAUAGAAAGUAAGAAUGCAGGCCAUAGUCCCAUAACUUAGCACUGCAGAAAAGAACCAAACUUUAGUUUUCAGUUCUGAAUGAUGGCAUUGAUUCACAUUCUUCAUUAGAUAGAGUAAAUGUAAACCAUGAACUUCAGAUUAAAAGACGAAAACACUGUCCUAUGGGUAUGUUUGCAAAAAGCUUUGUAGAUCUAACUUAUGAGCAUUCUCAGCCUCAUUUUUCUUCCUCUCUGUUGCAGGAGGCUAUUCUUCUCCUUUCUCUCACAUCCCUUAUCAAGAACACCAACUACCAAGCCCCUUGCCAAAUUCUUAGACCCACUUAGGACAUAAGUUUCUGCAUGGCUUAAUAGAAGACAGAUAAUCAGGAUCCCCCUGCCCCCGCCUUUCUAAAAAUCUCUAUUUAAAUGCUCUCAGUGGUCAUAGGGCAGAAGCCCAAGCUAGCUGGGGAUAGGGGAGGCCGCCAGGGAGAGUAUGUUUCCCAUCCCUGGGAGGCAUUCAGCCUAGCUCCUGCAGCCAAAUUACCGCAGCAAAGAACAAUGCAGUGCAUUCCUGGGCAGGUCGGUGGGCCCUGGGCGCCUGGGUCUGGUGGAGAGAGGUGCCAGACACAGAGUGCUCCAUAAGCAACCCUGCAGAGCUGGCCCUGGGUGCAGAAAUGAAAUACAGAGAGCUUCACAUUACACACCUGGUUAUUGAUGGCCUUGCUGGAGGCCUCUGCCCCCACCUUCACUUGGGAACUGCCUGUACUGCGGGGGUUGGGCAUCUUUGAGGCAAUGUUGGAAAAUAAGAAAGACAUGCUUCCUUUUUACUCUUUGCCCUUCCUGUCAGCCUGAGCACAAGCGUGAGGAUACACAUAUACACACGUGCAGAAGGUGCACUCAAAAUGGACUCAGCUUUUCUCAGGCUGCGGGGGAAUUAUAGUAGUCUCACCUCUCCAACAACUAAAAACACGCAACUAGAUCCCCCAGAAAUCAUACCAACAACAGGGUCAGCUACAAGCAAGGAAUGUUUCAAAACUACAUUAUCAACAUGCAAUGCAAUGUUUGUUUUGGGAAUUGGUACUCUCCUGGGAGGUGGCGGAGGAAGGACAAAGAAAGGGCAUGGAGAAAAGAGAUCAAGGGUGGAGAAUUACCACCCAAGCAGAGUGGCUGAGGCUAUACAACUUCUCAAACCUGGUUUGCACUGAGGACAAGGAGGAGUGCAUCCUAUGUGUUCUGAAUGAUUGGCCAGGCUCCUUGUGACUGCUUUGAGAUACACACAAUCAUUGAGCUUGCUGCUUGUGACCUGUUGUUUUAAACUCUUGCCAGACUAGAAAAUAGGAUACUUUUGAUUCCAGGAAUGAUCUCUGGAAAGGAGGUGCUGGAAAAGCACAAGCAGUGGCUUUACAAGGGUAAAUACAUAACAGUUGCUGACUGAACUAAGCUUUCACAGGAGCGGUUUUCAUCUUUGGAUGAUUGACAGGUUUCAGGAAAUAGACCUGAACCUAGCCUCUAAGUAAAAAGGGAUAGGAGAGUAUGUAAACUACUUUCCUCACCAUAGCCUGGACUAUCUCUGAGCAUUGCUGUAGCUAUUUACAUAGAACGCUGUAGUCAUCCAGGAUUUGAAAAUGCAAGAUAAGCAAUCUUUGCUCUGUCCCUAAACUCUGAACUAUUUUCUUUGUUCACUUCCAUUUUGCCCAUGAAUCUGUGGACAGAGCAGCUGUACGUAGGAGUUCUUUAACCAAAGAUGGCAAAAUCUGAUGACAUUUUGUCAACACUACCAGCCCCUGUAAGCAGCCAUGGCCAAACAGAAGAGCCAAGCCAGUUUCAUCCUUUGACAAAUUCCAAGGUGGGGCUUCCACAAGAAUAAUAAAAAUGCUCACAAAUGCCUUUUGAACACAAAAUGCUUGGGCAUGUAUAUAUAGAUCUCACAAUCACCCCAGGGUGUGUGAGUGGGGAUUACUCUAUUUUAUGGAGCCAUUCAGCCAUAACGCAAACCUCGCUUUCUUUAGCUUCAAAUACUACGUAAGCAUCUCAAAGUCUGAGGAUGCUAGGACUAAGAAGAGGGGUGCUGAGUACCAGCACUUCAAAACAGAAGUUGCUGCUAACAGGCCGAAGCCUUUAAGGGUUCUAGGCUGCCAGUGGAGGAUCAAAGCAGAACUUGCAAAGGCUGGGCCUACAUCCUCCUAACUUCGUCAACAUGUCUUGUUUGCACUUACUUUGUUGCUGUCACCAUUCAGUGCCUACUCUACAUAGAACUGUGCUCUUCAACAGCUUUUGCUUCUCGUUCUUUGUAGCCCCACUCCAUCCUUCAGAUUAAAAUUAAAAUUUUUGUUUUACUGUC